AUGGAUUAUCUGUCGGUCUUCGAUGCACAGAUAGACACCUAUUUUCCACCGUCAUCAUAUUACCUCGCGCAGGCUCCCUACACUGCCCUGACCUCCGAUCUUUAUCUCGUGGGCACCACUCACGCUCAACAAUAUGUGUCGCCAGACGAAGGCACAUCUAUAAUGAGCCCUUAUAACGCACUAGGCCUCUCGCUUAGUGACACGCACGGCCGUGUCGAGUACGACCUGGCAGGGGGCAUCAUGCCUCCUGAGACCUACUCUCCGCGUCGCGCACUAGCGACGUCACCGCGUAACAAACAGGUUGAACUCUCGGGCGAAGAGAUCCACCAGAUCAUGGAAGGUCAUCCCAUGAUAUGCCCGAUUUGCCCUCUGAAGUUUCGGUGGAUUCGGAAGCAUGACGUUUGGCGGCACCUCGCCAGCCACGCUGGGCUCGGGCGCUGGAUAUGUUGUGGAGUGCCCGUGGGGGACGCACCCCUGCUUGGCAUUGACAACACCAGCCAGGCGCACGAGCUGGAGUAUGUCGGCGGAUGCAUGAAGGAUUUCAGUCGGCGGGACGCAUACAAGCGACAUUUGAUGAAGAAGAAUAUCGGGUGCAUCGGGUCCAUGGCGAUUGCGAAGGCAUUUAUGCUGCGCCGCGAUGCACAUCUAAUGCAAGUAUCUAUCGACCACUUCAUAUAUUACCCAGACGUUCAGGGAUUAGCCAGCGCGUACGUCGCGUCUCCUGUAUUUUACGCAAUUCUGCCGUAUAAUAUGGAUGACUCGGAAUCGUCUCCUUCACCUCUUGAUGAGGUGCCGGCUCGCUCGAGAAGAGAGGCCGAAUAUUCUCGGAAGGGACACCGCUCUUCCAAGGACCGCGACCGCUCAUUCAUGGGGGGUUCCACUCGUGAAUUCGCCCGUCUGCUUGUGUACCAGGAACGCGAGACGAUAGAGCUCCGCAAGCGACUCGAUGUCGUGACUGAUCAGCUCCGGAGCGAGACGCAGCGCGCCGACGCGGCCGAGAGCAGGAUAAAAGAAGCUAUGCUUCGCUGCAAGUCCAUCAAUGACGCGAGGAUUCAAGCGCAGCAGGAUGUGCAGCGCACGACCGAGGAGCUCAAUCUGUACAAGCUACAGCUGGACAAUGCGUUGCGGGAGAUCAAGCGGGCGCAGGACAUCAUUGAUUCGGUCGAGGCACAGAGGCUGGAUGCGGAGGAGGCAGCGGCGAGUGCACGUUCGACCGCGCGGAAGCUGAAGGAGGAAAAGGUCGUGCAGAUUGCGCGCGAAGAGGGGCGCAGAGAGGGCCUCGAGGAAGGUCUGGCACGCGGCAGGAACAUCGGUUUCGAGGAAGGACGGGCAGAAGGCUAUGCGCGAGGGCGGGCCGCUGCCUCUCGCACGCGUCGGCCCUUUGUAGAGGACGCCCCCGAAUCGCCAGACGACGAGCAGAGCGUUGCUGAGGACCAAUCCGCGUCCCCUCCAGAUGAUUAUGGGUCACGUACCCCGUCAAUUUACUCGCAGACGCUCCCUCGGCGCCGCGCAGGGACACCUGGGCCUAGUGCUGCGCCUGAGCCUGCAAAGGACUCAGAAAUUCACCCGACAAUCGUCCACAAUGUGAUGAUGUCGCCGUCGCAUCCGCCUGUUACAUUCCCUCCCGACGGCUUUAUUCCAAAGCAAGAUAAUGACUCGCGCAUCAGGCUGCCGCCGCCGCACGAACUGGCCCCGCCUCCACCUACUCCCUCGCCUCCGUCCUCAGUUGCAUUGCAAAAUGUACCUCUUCAAGACACCGGUGACGACCGACCGCCGAUACGUAUCCCCCCGCCUGCUGCAGACUAUAACGACGGGGGCAUGGAAUCGGACUCAACGACGGGUACGCAUCGCCGCACGCGACACCGCCGACAGCGGUCGUCGGAAUCAUUGUCGACCACCAUGUCGCAAUUUGAGAUCCUGGGCCCUCCGGUGCCAACUAGUGCGCGGAGCACUGCUAGGGAGCGGCCGGCUGUUCUUAGCGCAAUCGCUGAGGAGAGAGAACGAUCGUCAUCCGUAUCGUCACCACAAGGAGCCAAUCCGCCGAGGAACAGUCGAGGUUCUAGUCUCUCGCCUGAUUUUGCUAUCCACGUAGAGCCGCCGUCGGGCCCCGAGUCCCCGCAAUCCAGAAUUGCACCCAUGACACCUCACCUACUUAGUGCAGACGAUCUCCCGCCUCCAACCAAUGAACCCCCGUCUGAGCCAGCGCCUGGACAGGGCAUGCCGAGCAUGUCUCCAGGAGUACCUGUAGUAUUAGCGGACGGUCAGCUACCUCCGGGGUUCCAGCCAAUUGGCCCUCCCGUUGCGCCAGACUCAUUCACACCCAUGACUGGGCACCAUCCCUCGAUCACACCACAGACAAUGUACAACACCUCCAUCGGGUCAAUUGGCCCAGCUGGCGUCCCCUUACCGCCAUCUACUUACGGCGGAACACCUUCUGUUUCUGGCUCCAACGUUAUCCCAGGGAUGUUCCCCACCGGGGAGCCCGUAGUCAUCCCGCAUCUCAUGCCCUCAGCGGGGCUUGGGGCGGCUGGCGCUCAGCCUGGAAGCAGGUACAGCCGGUCCGCCCUACGGGAUUCCUCGUCCGAUUCGGACGUAUCUUCGGGCCUUGGCGGGUCCAUGGACUCGCUCACGACGCCACCCUCACGGCGGCGGGAUCUGCCUGGUCGGGCAACUCCUUCCUAUGCUACCGCCCCAAUACCGCCAAAUGUCACGUAUCCUGCCCCUCCUACACCGCACUCGACCAGCUCCCGGACGACAGCUGCGAGGGUGCCGCUGCCGCCGUCUACAGCUGGAUCAAUGGCCAGCCCAGGUUCCACUAUGACAUAUCCGUAUGCGCAGACGCCCUAUAGUCGUAGCAAUCUUGCGGUUGACGCCGGCCACACGCCUAUGAACAGACCGCGGUCGCCAGCCAUGAGCAGUGUACGCGGAACACCCCUGCCGUCGCAUGUGGAACCAAGGUCGUCAAUCUAUGAUCUCCGUGGACGGAAUGAGCAAGAUUUCACUCAGGCCAAUACCGCUGCGAACGCCGGCCCUUCUGCUGCGAGGAUGUCCGCGAUGGGCUCUCCCACCGUUUCCCAAGUCUCUCUUGCGCCGACAAGCACCUCGACCAAGUCCAAGAAGUCGAAAAAGGCCAAAAAGAAAUCUAAGGUUGCCUCCGUCGAAGAGGUCGACGAAGAGUAA